GCCAAUAGGAACAAACCCUAAAGGGAGAAGCUAUAAAAAUAAAACAAAAAAUUUGUGAAGCUAUAAAGACUGUUCCUACAGGUACUCCAAAUUCCGUCUUCAAAAUUAUACCUAUAAAUACUUAAUUCAGAAUUAUUAAGAAUUGCUCCUAGUUUUGAACCAAAAAAUAAUAGUUCUUCUCUUUUCUUUUUGCUUUCAUUGCAAUCUGGUGGAGCCACUGCCAUUGUUAAAACUCUCACAACCUCAAAGAUUACUCCAAUCCAAGGGAUUAAUUUCCAGAAAAGGUUGCAGUAAUCCAAAGCAGAAACGAAGAACGACUAAAGAAGAUGGAAGCGCAAAACUCUGAACAAGGACAUAUAAUUGAAGUACAUAGAAAUGUUCCAGCAGUAGAGACAAGCCUGGGAAGAAAUACGAUUUGUGGAGGCGCACCAUGUGGGUUUAAUGAUGCUCAAACCAGUUCUAAAGAUGCUAAGGAACGUACAGCCUCUAUGCGUAAACUUUUGAUGGCAGUAGUGCUUUGUGUUGUCUUUAUGAGCGUAGAAGUGGUUGGAGGCAUCAAAGCCAACAGCCUUGCAAUCCUAACUGAUGCAGCUCAUCUCUUGUCAGAUGUUGCAGCAUUUGCAAUCUCCUUGUUCUCCCUUUGGGCAUCGGGGUGGGAGGCAACUCCGCGUCAAUCUUAUGGAUUCUUCAGGAUUGAAAUUCUUGGUGCCCUUGUGUCCAUCCAGAUGAUAUGGCUUCUAGCUGGCAUCCUUGUUUAUGAAGCCAUAGCUAGACUUAUCCAUGAUACUGGUGAAGUUCGAGGCUUUCUCAUGUUUGCAGUUUCUGCAUUUGGUCUAGUUGUUAAUAUUGCUAUGGCUCUCUUGUUGGGUCACGACCAUGGGCAUCACCAUGGCCAUAAUCAUGGCCAUGGUGGGAAUGAUCAUGAUCACCACGAUCAUAGUCAUAGCCGUGACCGUGAACCACAUAAUCAUGGAUUAAGUAUAACUUCUCACCAUCACCACCACCACCAUGAUCAUGGCUCGAAUUCUAAACUAGAUAAUGUCCAUCAUCAUCAUACACACGAAGCUGACCAUCUAGAGCCUUUGCUUAAGAAUAGUGAAAAAAAGUCGGAAAGUGGAGCACCUCAGAAGAAGGAACGGAACAUCAACGUACAAGGGGCUUAUCUUCAUGUCUUGGGGGAUUCCAUUCAGAGUAUUGGAGUGAUGAUUGGUGGAGCAAUUAUUUGGUACAAGCCUGAGUGGAAAAUAAUAGAUCUGAUAUGCACCCUUGUGUUCUCCAUCAUUGUGCUGGGAACAACCAUCAGGAUGCUACGAAACAUUUUGGAAGUUCUUAUGGAGAGCACACCCCGAGAAAUUGAUGCCACAAGGCUAGAGAAGGGUUUAUGCGAGAUGGAUGAGGUUGUUGCCAUACAUGAACUGCACAUUUGGGCUAUAACUGUUGGUAAGGUGUUAUUAGCUUGCCAUGUAUUAAUUAAGCCUGAAGCUGAUGCUGACAUGGUAUUGAACAAGGUUAUAGAUUACAUCAAGAGAGAUUACAAUAUCAGUCAUGUGACUAUUCAGAUAGAACGGCAGUGUGAAUCCAUGGCGCAGUAAGUUUUGUAGUUUUACUGUUUUUGGCUUUUGGUAUAUUUUCAAGAUUUCUUCAUAUUCCUCUAUGUUGCUUGUGUUUGCAUAUCUCCCAUCACCUAGCAUGUUCAUUAUACCCAUUCCCUUUUGUAGGUAGCCAUGCCAAACAUAUAGAAUAGAAACUAUCAGGAGUUAUGAACUGUUAAUUGUAAUGGCGAGUGUUACCCUCUUUUUUUCUUUUUAAAAUUCCGGUAGCUGAACUGAGAACCUAGUAAAUGAAGUGUUUUAAGGACAAAUUUAUUCAAUUGAAGUUUGAUACACCAAAACAA